AUUUAGACCGCCAAGUCAGAGCUAUAAAAUGGAGAGUCAGACCUAUAAAAUGGAGACGGCGUCUUGAAACACUUGGUCUCCUGCAAUUCUCAUUCAGUCUUCUCUCGCUAUCACCGUAAGGAAACGCCACCGACCUCCUACGAUCCAACGAUGUCACAGUGCCAGGUUUGCCACGAAUCUCUCCCCAAAUAUCUGGUCGAAGGGGACCAGGCUUCGAAGGUUCACCUGUGCUGCGCAAUCUGCAACCGUCGAUUCUUUAACGUGACCUCGCUUCAAACCCACUACAUCUUGUCGUCCCAUCACCACUACUGCUCCAUGUGCGCAAAAGAUUUCAAGAAUGAAGGUGGCUUGAAACUGCACCGCCAAUACGCGUUGGCUCAUCGCAGUGAGUCACAAGGCGAAUUUGAUGAUGAAUAUCCUCCCGUGGGCUGGGAAGACCGACUCAGUGGUCUGCUGAUAUCUGAAGCACAGC